AUGGUUGUGCCCGCGUCUAUGCAGGUCGACGUGCUGCGGCUGCUACAUGAAGGGCAUCCAGGAGCGGCGAAAAUGAAAGCGGUGGUCCGUAGCCACGUCUGGUGGCCAGCCAUGGAUGAUGACGUCACGGCAUCGGUGCAAGCAUGCCGCACCUGCCAAGAAAAUCAGCGAUUACCGAGACGGGUACCAGUCAAAUCGUGGCCGUUCCCGGAGAGACCGUGGUCCCGGAUUCAUGUAGACUAUGCUGGACCACUGAGGAAUGCUUACUUGCUCAUAGCAGUUGACGCAUACUCGAAGUGGAUAGAAGUGUUCCCUGUACCCAGCCUGUCGACUCCAGCCACCAUUGGUUGCCUGCGAAAAAUGUUCGCUACGCAUGGACUCCCUGAUGUAGUCGUAUCCGGCAAUGGCCCAACGUUCGUGAGUGAGGAAUACAAGAUCUUCCUGCGUAGAAACGGCAUCCGACAAAUUUUUGUACCACCGUACCACCCAGCAUCUAAUGGAGCAGCGGAGCGUGCAGUGCAGACCAUUAAACAAAAGUUGAAGAAAGCGCAGUCAGGGGGUGAUUUGCACGUACAGAUAGCGAGAAUUUUGCUGACAUACCGGACCACUCCGCAAGAAGUAACAGGUUGUAGUCCCGCUGAACUUCUUAUGGGCCGGAAGUUGAAAACGGCAUUGGAUUUACUACCGCCUGACUUGCGGACCCCGGUGAUGUCUCAACAGAUCUCCCAGAGUCUCCUAGUCAACCGAGGAUCGGCAGGAGCCGUAGCCACACCACCAGGAACGACUGUUUUCGCUCGCAAUUUUCGUCCAGCUCCUGUCUGGGUACCGGCAACGGUGGAAGCGGACAAAGGGUACGCGGCAGUGCUACGGCUACCAGAUGGCCCCCAAUGGACACGGCACCACGACCAUGUGCGGGCAGUGCCGCGGCAGCAUGAGCUGUCAGAGUAUUCUGGGCGUUCUCACACAGAACCUCCAAAUGCUUCAGGCGUGAAACCAGCUGGGCCUCUGGAUGCUGCGGGUGCUACCGCGCCCUACGAACCAGCAGACACCGCCGGCACCACUGCAACUACGGGGGCUUCGUCUGGGGAAUUCGAGGGCACAUGUGUCUCCAGUGAUCCGGGUGGUUGUGCCAGUGCGCCGGGGGAUGCCCCGAAGCCAGUGACCCUUUCUCAGACUCCAAUUCGCCGCAGCUCGCGCGUGCGGAAACCAGUUAUGCGUUACGUGCCCCAGUAA